GCUUCAAACCAGGAAUGUUGCCACAAAAAAAUGCAACAAAAUAACAAUGUGAAGUGCAAAAAGGCAUUGUCCUUUCCUACUGUGUGCAAGCCUGUUAAACGAAUUGCUAUUUAGGCUACUCUUUCGCUUAGUCUAAUGUAAAUCAACAAAUACAGAAACAACAAAAAGAAAAACGUAUAUGCGUUUUGUAUGGGCUACAGUGAAUGCUAUUGAUUAUACAUCGGCUAGAUAACCUAGGGAACUAUGCACUGAUAACAAUUUUGACUUUAAACAUUGCAACCACACACUUGAUGAAACAUUGUGCAGCAGAGUACUCUUUUGUGAUGACACGAUAACAUGAGGCAGCCAGAGCAUGGUUCGGGUUGCACGCGAUGGUUUUCCCGCCAGAAUGAGCAACAUGAAUGUGCCACGAAGAGUUGGCUAUUUCGAAUUUCUGAUGCUUUCUGAUAUUUUCGUUGGUAGCUUAGCUAGUUAGCGGUCAUACAAUUGUAAAAUAUUGUUAGCCAGUCAAGCCAGAUAGUGUUCAUGCUUAUAGACUUGUGUAGCCUACCCAGUUCAGUUAUUUAGCUAGCUAGUCAAAGAAGAGGACAAGGUUACUAAAUAAAGGUGGCUAGCUAACGGUAGCUAGCUAGGUACAGAAUCCAGUUCCAUCCAAUAACGUAUCUGUGACACAACUGUUCUGCAGCAGGAUGAGUGGAACUGAAGGUGGAGAGCAGUCCCUGUUCUUUCUAAUUCUCCCUGACCUGAGGAAGCUGUGCUGUGUCACCCUGUCCUUGCAGUCUGAUGAUGGAGAAGUGAGAAACAAGCAGGUGAAAACAUGCAGGGAGCUGUUGUUAUUGUAUGCAGACAUCAUUGCCUCUCCGGUUUUGGGGUGCUUCUCGGAGAUCACAAUGGUGAUGGCGAUUCCCUUUUUUAAAAGAGGAAUAGUACAAGCUUAUGUACAACGACACAGUCUGCAGAUGGGCUCUCCUCAGAGGGUUCUCCCUGGUAUUCUGCAGACCUGUCUGUCCUACUCCUUGACCAGCAGGCUGGCUCCAAACUGGAACAAAGUCGGACAGUUCCUUAUUGCUGGAAGGGAUUUUCUGGCUGAUUCGGGGAAGCUCAACGCCAUUGUGAUCGAGCUGAGUGCCAAUGAAAGCCAGCUGUGUGUCAGUGUGGAGGCCAACACUGUCCGACUCCCUCCAAUCAGGUUGGCAGACUUUGACAUCCCUCCCAUGGUCCUGAGGAACUUCCAUAGCCAGCCAGAUGCUGUUAUCCAGACCUCCAUGUCCAGCAACUGGUGUUACAUUCUGCCAAGCAUGAAAAGGGGUCAGAUCGUCAGCAUCAGUCACCGGAUGCCCACCGAGAGCCCCUUCCAGUGCUACGCUGACAUCCAGAAUCACUGGAGCAAUUUGUAUGGCUACCAACUCCCCCAAAUUGAUGAGGAAGAAGUGAUUUAUUGCAAUGUAUACUUCAAACUGGUUGGAGAAAGGCUGUUCACAUACCCUCUGAGCUGUAUCCGGACUGACCCGGUGCAGCGCUGUCCCAGAGUGGACCUCCAGGGGGCGCUCAGCUCCUUCCUAUCCCACCUGAGGGAGAGCUUGCAGACUGUCUGUGGCUUCCCAGCCCGCAUGACCAGCAAGCCCUGCUACCACACCACCAGCCUGCUCAGCAUUGCCUCAGCACAGGUGGCUAGUGGCAAACCGGUGAACUUGACGACCAAGUCAGCUAGCAGGCCCGUGCUGAGUCAACUCCAUGCCUCCUGCCCCCUCAAGCCCUCAUUUGGGGGGGCACCAGGCGCCCAGACUUUCAGCCAGCCAGUGGGACAGAGUGGCAGCAGCAGCUAUCUCAGCACUGGGAGAACCCAGGGGGUCCAUCCCACUCCCACUCAGAGUUAUACCCCAGGGAGAGGCUUGCCCUCCUCCUCUCUCUAUCGCAGUGCUGCCCCUCCCCAACCCACCACACACCCCCAAAAGAGCCAGGCCCCACCGACUGGACCCAAGAUGGUACCCAUCUUCAAGAACAAGGCCCUCCCGCGCCAUGUCAAUGUCACCCAGCUUCUGGCUGAGAAGCAGCAGAAGAGAGCCGAGGAGCAACGGCAGACACCUGUGUCGGGACAGAAGAGGGCCUGCCCAGCCUUCUUCUCCUCUUCCUUUUCCUCCUCGUCUGUUCCCCUCUUUUUGCAUUCCUCGUCUACCUCUUCCAAGUGCACAGAGGAAGCCCGCCGGCCCACUCCAGCGUCCAUGCCUCACUUGACCCCCUUUCCGCGGCCUGAAGGGGUUUCCCCACAUUCCUCCCAGGUGCACGCCAGUGAGAGAGCUUUCAGAGUGAGGGACGAGAUCGCCUCAGGUCCCCCUCAUCUUCUUCCAUCUGGUCUGCUAGGCAACAGAGGGGGGGACUGGUUUGAGUCAAAACCAAAGAAGCCAAAGUCUGCAGUGCAGGAUGUGGACGUGGAGAAACACGCGAGAAGUAACCAGCUGUCGAAAAUCAAUGUGACGACCCUACAGGCCUGGCUGAAGAGCCGCGGAGUGGUGGUACGGUCCAAGGAAAGGAAAGAGGAGCUGGUGUCAAAGGUCAUGCGUUGCCUGAGUGAAUCUUGAGUAGUGAGGGUCACCUUCCAGACAGGCACAGAGAGGGUCAUUUUACACUAUUCAACAUCACAGAGAACAAGCUGGUUUUAAGGGUCAUUGAUAGUGAGCUUUGUAUUGCUAUCAGGUCUCUGUGUUAUCAUUCUUGAAUGAUAUGUACUGUACCUGUAUGGUGUUCUUGUUAUGAAGUUAAUACCCACUGAAGUCACAGAAGUCAAUUCAACUGAGGUAGUAAGAUGUUUCUGGCCUUGAGUUUGAGGAAAGAACAGAUCAUUUUAUGUAAUAUAUUUAUUGAAUGUAUUUGUUUAACAUAAAAAGAGUAAUAUAUCUCCUAUUUAUAUAGUUUUGUUUUAUAUAUUAGUAAUUUUUAUUAAUCCCCAUUUCUUGCUUUUCUUGUUCAAGAUGUAAUUUUCUGCAGUAUGUCUGAGCUUUAUUUCAGAAAAGAUCAAAAGCAAAUGUCUGUUAGUACUUAUUCAAUAUUCAGAUCCUUUGAAAUUGUGCAUACACAUUGAUUACCAUAAUAAAACAAAGAUAUUUUUAAUAUUAAAUAGAAAAGAUUCCCCAUGUAAAAUUAAUAUGGCCCCCUUACACUUUUUGCUCUCAGCAGAGUGAAUGUUCUGUGACCAGACCUGGAUUCCAAUACUAUUCGAAAAUCUUCAAAACGUUUUUUUUUUUUUUUUUUUUUUUUUUGUGGGAGCGUUUGCUUCAACCUACAGGAGUGCCAGGUGGCCGGCGUUUGCACUUUGGGGACUUUCCUAUUAGCUCCACUGCAAAAGUCAAACAGAUAAAGUAUUUGAAAUUAUUUCAAAUAGAAUUUGAACCCAGGUCUACCUCUGACCUUAUUGAUUGAAGUGUGCUAUGUUUACUGAGCCAGCCAGUCAACUCACAAAUUCUCUUCAAUGCCUCUCUCUCUAGCCAGGUUUCUAUCCAACCUUUAUAUGCAAGUAAAGUACAUGUCAGAUAAAAACAUGUAAUGACAGCCUGAUGAAAACAGCUAAUUUGUCGCUAAACUUUCCAAAUGUCGACAAACCAAAAUACGCUAGACAAGGUGGGAUAUUUAAAUUAUGUGAGAAAUGGUGGUGGAAGCACCUUGAUGCACAAAUAUUGAUACAAUAAUUAUAUCAAAGUAAACUUGGAGUCACGCAAUGAUAUGUUUUGUGGUCCUCCAACUAUGACUCUGGAAAGAAUGCAGUUUAUUAGGCUACAGAUGAAAUAAGUUAUGAUGAACUUCACAGGGUGGUGAAAGUGCAAGGUAAUGAGCUUGAUACUCCUUUUCAAUAAAUAUUGAGGGUUUUAUUCUGGUGACUGAUGCUUGGCUGCCAUUUGACAAAUAAAAAUAAUCUUGCUCUUUCGUCCAUAAUCAUUUCAUCAUGUAGGCUAUACCUGCACUGUAUCUGCGAGCUGUUGUCUAGAGCGCACGUGCCAAGACCAGAGUGGGCACAUCAGCUAUAUAAUUUCUUGUGACAAAACCAUCAGUAGAGUUGACAAUGCGAUGGAAACUUUAUUUGGCACAUGGGAAUUUAAUCAAAAAAUUAUUUUCAUGUGAACUAUGUCAUCACGCAUCGCCUAUUAUCCGUAACAAGUCAAUUUGAUGGAAGCACAUCUCUGGUGGGAAAAUACGCAUUUUGUUUUCAUGCAGAUUUUAGAAUAUUCGCAUGAAAAUGUGUCGAUAGUUGGAUGGUACCCUAGCUAGAGACAGAAUUCUAGAGUGUGAUGGCUAUUGCGACAGCACAAAAGUAUUGUAUAACUAAGUAUGAUGGAAAGCGCUGCGAUGGUUGUUGGAGACAUCUGUAAUGAUACCCUCAGUCUGGAUCAACUGCAAAAGAGUAAAAUGCAUUUGUGUGAAAUUUGAUCGCAAGCAUCAGAAGCCAAACUGCGUGUCUUUCAAAGAGGAGACUUAAAAGCUCUUUCUUUAUGGUUUAUUCGGCCAAAAGCUUAAUGAUCCGUACAAAUCUGACAUCGAGAGCUUUGCAUUGAGUUUCAACUAUUCUUUCAAGGUUUUUUAAAGUCAUUAUUUUGGAGGGGUGGUAUUUCAUACAUCACAGUUUUUAAUGUGAAACAGACCGUGUGAAUUUUUCCUCUUCCCUUUCUUGGCUUUAAGGACAACUGUUAGGCAUUAGAUUUAAUGGCUCCAAGCAUCAUGGUCCUUUUAUGGAUGCAUGUGCUCUUUGUGACAGUAAUGUGAUAUUACUUUGAUAAUUAGUCAUUACCUAAUUUGACUCGCUACUCUACCUUCUCUUCCUCUGUAUCCACUGCUAAAGCCACUUUCUAUCACUCUUCAUUUCAAGCUUCUGCCUCUAACCCUGGGAAACUAUUUUCCACCUUCUCCUUAAUCCUCCUCCCCCUUCCCUUCUCCCUCUCUGAGGACGACUUUGUAAACCACUUUGAAAAUAAGGUAGACGACAUCCGCUCCUCAUUCACUCAGCCUAGUGAGUCCACUGGUCCUACUCACACAGAACUACCCUACGCCUUUACCUCUUUCUCCCCUCUCUCACCAGAUGAAAUCCUGCGACUAGUGAGGAGGUCUGGCCGUCCAACAACCUGCCCGCUCGAUCCCAUCCCCUCCUCCCUUCUCCAGACCACCUAUAGAGACCUUCUCCCAUCCCUCACUUUCCUCACUUCCCUCAUCAACUCAUCCCUGACCACAAGCAGAGUCUCCUCUGACUUCAAAAUGGCCCGAAUUGCUCCCCUCCUCAACAAACCAACUCUCGACCCCUCCUACAUCAAAAACCUCAGACCGGUAUCCCUUCUUUCUUUUCUUUCAAAAACACUUGAGCGUACUGUCUCUGACCAACCCUCUCGCUGUCUCUCUCAGAACGAUCUUCUUGACCCUAAUCAGUCAGGCUACAAGACGGGUCACUCAACCGAGACUGCUCUUCUCUGUGUCACGGAGGCUCUCUGUACUGCCAAAGCUGACACACUCUUCUCUGUUCUCGUUCUCCUAGAUCUAUCAACUUCCUUUGACACCGUGAACCAUCAGAUCCUCCUCUCAGGGCUGGGCAUCUUAGGCUCUGCACAGUCUUGGCUUGCAUCCUACCUGGCAGGCCGUUCCUACUAUGUGACAUGGAGAGGAUCUGUGUCUAGCCCCCACUGCUCAGUUCUAGGCCCUCUCCUCUUCUCUCUAUACACUAAGUCACUCGGCUCCAUCAUAUCCACACAUGGUCUCUCCUAUUAUUGCUAUGCGGAUGACACUCAAAUACUUUUUUCCCUUCCCCCCUCUGACACACAGGUGGCAACAUGCAUCUCUGCGUGCCUGGCAGAUAUCUCAUCUUGGAUGUUGGCCCACCACCUCAACAAGACGGAGCUGCUCUUCCGCCCGGGGAAGGCCUGCCCAUUCCAAGACCUCUCCAUCACGGUUGACAACUCCACGGUGUCCCCCUCCCAGAGUGCAAAAGAACCUUGGCGUGGCCCUGGACAACACCCUGUCAUUCUCGGCAAACAUCCUAAAUCCUCGCAUGUCACCCCGCUCCUCCGCACACAGACUGGGGGCGAAGGAUCACCUUCCAACAGGACAACGACCCUAAGCACACAGCCAAGACAACUCAGGAGUGGCUUUGGGACAAGUCUGUGAAUGUCCUUGAGUGGCCCAGCCAGAGCCCGGACUUGAAUCUAUGGAGAGGCCUGAAAAUAGCUGUGCAGCGACGCUCCCCACCCAACCUGACAGAGCUUGAGAGGAUCUGCAGAGAAGAAGGGGAGAAAAUACAGGUGUGCCAAGCUUGUAGCGUCAUACCCAAGAAGACUUGAGGCUGUAAACGCUUCCAAAGGUGCUUCAACAAAGAGUUUCUGAAAACCUGUUUUUGCUUUGUCAUUAUGGGGUAUUGUGUGUAGAUUGAUGGGGGGGUUAUUUAAUCAAUUUUAGAAUUAGGCUGUAACGUAACAAAAUGUGGAAAAAGUCAAUAGGUCUGAUUACUUUCCGAAUGUAUGUUUGUCUCACCUUGCUAUCUUAAGAUAAAUGCACUAAAUGUAAGUCGCUCUGGAUAAGAGCGUCUGAUAAUGACAAAAAUUUAACAAUUCAUUACCCAUUGUACAGUAGUUGUGUUUCACUCGUCUUACAGAGAGACAUCAUCUAUGCCAUAGUCCAACAUACAUUUUGUUGAAUAUGGGUUUCAUAUUUCAUUUACAGUGCCUACGGGUACUAUCAAUUACUGUGGGGUGUGAUUGCUUGGCAAUAAUGUGUUUGUGUGGCAUGCUAUGGAGAGAAAUGGAGGCCAAAAUCACAUCAACGCUAUUGGCCUUAAUCUCUUGUCAGUGUGGAGACAGACUGACAGACAAACAGUCAGAGAGGUGUAGAGACAGACCGGUGCAGACAGUCAGUCGGCGAGGUGUAGAGACAGACAGGUGCAGACAGACAAACAGUUGAAGAGUUAGAGACACACAGACAGAGAGGUGUAGAGACAGACUAGACAAAAGGAGAGGUGUACAGACAGGUGUGCAGUGUAGCUGGAGGAGACGGAGGUUGAGUUCCUCAGAAACACCCUAUUUUUAAAUGCUGUCGCUCCAGGGUUGGAGUGCACAUUCCGCGGGCUGAGGCAUGCCGUGUCUCGCACCGGUGUGCAGUUUAUUCACGGGCUGCUGCAUGACAAUGCUCUGUUUACCUGAUCUACGUAACCUUCAUACUGUUAAUGAUCACCAUCCACAGACUAAUGAGACUAAGGUCUCUGCUCCCUUAUUACAGCCUUGUCGUGUGUUCCUUAAUGGUGAUUUUGUUUUCCUUUCAAGGCAAAUGUCAGGAGGCCUAAAAAAUAUGUAUAUUACACCCAUGUUUAGCCUGUACUGUAGUCGCAUGCUUCCAGCAGUUGCUCAUUGACUCAUUAACUAAACAGCAUUAACUGACAGACUUUUUCCUUCAAACAUAUUUGUAUUCCUUUCAAAUUGGAAACAGAGGUAUGUAAGAGUUGGAAAGGUUGGAAACUUUAGGGGGUGUCAUUAAAUCAGACGGUGGGCUGCAAAUUGUCCCCAGAGUUCCUUUUUGCUGCAUAUUUAAUGUUUACCCAUACAUGUUUAGAGAAAAAUGAGGACAGUGGGAUAUAAAGGGAACUCAGGGAGACUGUUUAAUGUUGGCGUCAAUGUUUUUGCAACAAAGUCUGUCUCAAGACCAGUCUUGAAAAAGGCACUGGGGCCAUACUAGUGAACAAGAGAAAAUGUUUAGUUUAAGCAUUAGCCAACUGAAAUUGUUGACGUAGUUGCACCUGAUUAAGGGCUUCACGUUAGCUGUUCCCAUUACAUAACCUGCCACAUUUAGCCUUAUGCUAACCUUACUAGGUGGCUGUGAUUGAUUCCUGUAACAAAUUUGCAUCAGCCUUAAACUUUCUAUCCACAAUAAAUUUAAUUUUUGAAAAUAGGUCAAGUUGGCCACCAGAGGGAUAUAUUUAAACCUCCAAAUUCAAGGUAUUGCAUGAUCAAUCCUGACUAGGUUACUUACUAAUUUUAUGUUAGACAAAGCUGUUUUUUCAUAUAUGACAAAAUCACACGUGUUUGCUUAGCUGUUUCACAUAUAGUACUAGUCAAAAGUUUGGACACAUCUACUCAUUCCAGGGUUUUUCUUUAUGUUUUACUAUUUUCUACAUUGUAACUAAGAAAUAACACAUGGAAUCAUGUAGUAACCAAAAAAGUGUAAAACAAAUAAAAAUAUAUUUUAUAUUUGAGAUUCUUCAAAGUAGCCACCCUUUGCCUUGAUGACAGCUUUGCACUCUCUCAACCAGCUUCAUGAGGUAGUCACUUGGAAUACAU